UUUCAUUGAGAUGAAUAACGUGAGGCAUACCAUGCUAUAGUGGUAUAUGAAUGGAUUGUUACACCUUAACGUGUGAUACUGAACUACUUAUUCUGUGCUUACAUAUAUUACAACGGACAUGCCUCGUUUGAACUCUGUUAUGAUCAAUGGUUUGACAAGGUUUAGUUAAGAUAUGUGACCGAUUGUGAGCGCUGGUACUACUAUACUGCAAUGGCGGACUGUGAACUGCAUCAAGAACAACACAAGCAGCGUGUGGUGCUAAAAUCUGACCUGCUGUUCAGUGGGAAUGUGACGGUUAAACAGACUACUAAAAAACUUACGCGACGUGUUACAGCUGAACUGGAAGUAACAGGCUGGGACUGUAAUAUUCCCGGAAAUGUUUUGAAUAUUAACUUAUAUAAGCACCCUGAAGAUUCUGUCAUUUGGAAGUAUUACCAGUUGACGCAAGAUAAUUUCUGCACUGUGGAUAUUUGUGCAAGAAAAACACGGGGUCGUAAACUUGUCAUUGUCUAUAAAGAUGAUGACGGAAAUGAAAGGACAAUCUCGCUCAAAAGGCUGCCCUAUAUGCGGCGUAUGUCUGUGUCCGAUGGGGAGAAGAAUACGUUAGUAGCAUGGAAAGAAAAUAUUCUGAGCGAAUUGCUAGAAGACAACCAGUUUUACGAUAUCUCGCUUACAGAAAGUGUUGGUGGAAGCCCAGCAGGAGAACAUAGACUCUAUAUUCUAACCAACCGUCUUGUAAUCUGUUCAAAGUCUGACAAGUCAAGAAAGAAGCCGACAUGUUACUUGGACAGACAAUUAGAAUGUUUCGAUUACGGAUAUUCCGAUGGUGAAAGUGUGUUUAUUUUGAAAGAAUGCAAUGCAGAUGGCAGAAAAUACAUCCGUACUAAAGCUUCAGAUGCCAGUGGAUUAGUGGAAGCUACGUUUAUUCGUAUGUCAGUUGAUAGAAAGCUCAGAGUAAAACGCACGUCGGAUAACAUAUCUACUGCAAGUAGAAAUACGAGUGAGUCGGGGUCGACUGCAACAACGCCUGAGCAAGUCAUCUUUAUAGCACCCCAGACACCAUCACCAUCACCACAUGUGGCUAAGAAGAUACCCUUGACUGUGAAAGUUGCAAUAUUUGCCGGAAGACCAAGCUUUGGAGGAACCUGGAUUAUUGAUAUUUAUAUCACUCACACGAAAAGAAAUCCAAUGGAAAUACGAGAAAAGGUUGUACAAUUGAAGACUAGUGAUGACCAUAUUGUGCUAUACACACGUUUGAUCGACGUACAUGACAAACUGACGAUUUCUGUAUCGGAGAUACCAAACGGUUGGAAAUUCAGGUGUAGAUCAGACUAUAAGGAAUUCCCCUAUGACGAACUGAAACGCAUUUUGGAAAGAGGAGAAAAUAAUGAUGACGUCAUUGACGAAUGUCACCAGCUUGUUAUCAGUCAUGAAGACCAACAGUACUAUAAUUUUUACUGUAAAAUCGAGAUCAACAAGACGAUAUUCAAUAUUGCUACUAACUUUAUGAACUAUAUUAAGCCUGGCGAAAAAUGUGCAGUACUUGAUAAAUUAAUACAAGACACCAUUCAACGGAAACGUAAACUCCAAUGGCUGAGCUAUGAGAUGGUGGUCAAACUGAGUGAGAAAUUAUUGAAUGAUGAUGAAACUGGGUGGAGACGACUUCUAAUUGACGUUUUAGGCUUCGAUUAUUCAGUAAUUGAUGACUUCGAAAAUGCGUAUUGCAGAUACAAUGCCCUGCCGGGGGAACUUGUAUUAAGACUCUGGUACCGAACAAAACCAGAAGAGUUCACAAAAAAUAACCUAUGUAGAGUGUUUUCAGGAAUGGACAGAUUAGACUUAGUUCGUAUGUUGUUAGAUGGAUGCAACGAGGACGAUGAACAAGAAGUUGAGAAUGACAUGCAUUUGGUUGCAGAAGACCUUACUGAGAAAACAUUUGAGGACGAAGUCAUACUUUGA